AUGAUCGCAUCCCAGAGCAACUGUACGACGAGAUCGUCGCAGGAACAGAACACUCUGUCCUGCCUUCGCGCCGCCGACGUCAACACGCUGGAAACAUUGAACUUAAAUAUCAUCUUGGAGGGAUUUUACGGUACUUUCGUCUUUGUUCCCGUCGUCGACGGCACCUUCAUUGUCGAACGCCCGACUGUCACGAUCACCAGAGGUCGCCUUAACACGGAAGUGCUUCUCGCGGUGACCAACGCGCAUGAAGGAAACGUCUUUGUCGAUCAGUCACUUACAAUGAACAUCUCGGACUAUGUUUCCACCCUGUUCCCUGAUGUUGAACCUUGGCAAGCUGCGUUGGCAACUCCUAUAUACCAGAGUUUUGGCACCAAUGUCGAGCAAGCUAACUACGCAAUGGGCGAAUCUAUCUUCGUCUGCCCUACUUACUAUCUCCUUCACGCUUUGAGCACCAAGGCCUGGAAGGGCGAAUUCGCUAUCCCACCUGCAUUUCAUGGCACGGAUCUCCCUUAUUACUUCACGUCGUAUGGCCCUGCAUACGACAACUCGGAGUUCAUCACCGCCUUCUCGAACGGGUUCUUGGCCACUGCCAUUUCGCUGGACCCUAACGCCAAGUACAACUCUAGCGACAUCACUCCUGAAUGGAAUGUGUGGGCACCCGGGCACACGGAAAUGAUGUUCAACGAGACGGAGGCGGGGGCACCGAUUGUAUACCCCUACUCGACGGACGAUGCGCUGCUUGAGCGUUGCCAGUAUUGGCUUAGUAUCUCCGCGAAUACGGCACAGUAG